AUCAUACAACCUUCUCUUAAUCACAACUAUCCUCAACGGUUGGGCGUGGAUGAUUGCAUCCCGAGUCCUUCAUGUCAGUCUUCGUUACGUCUGAAUGUCCGGCACGCGGCAGAAUUGUCUUUCAUCUUAUCUGCAACGCUAUUUCGGUACCAUUUCGUGGAAUGUCCCUGCGUCUCCGAUUUUGCUGCAUGCUCCAAAUGCCAUUCGUUUUCCAGUUGUUUUUAUCUUUAGAUGUGUUGACAUCGUUGGGUCGUGCCAGGUUUCCCGUUAGUUUGUGGGUAUCUGAGUAGAAAGGGAUUUCCCGUUUGAAAGAUGGUCAAGGAUCGUUUGAACGAGUUCCAGACUCUCUCAGGGAAAACGAACUCGACCCAUCACAGAUAUGAACGCCGUAUAUCAGCAGAGACAUCCAAGCUUUUACAUGAUGAGGAGACUUCGCUAGAGGGCUUCCUGAAUCGUAUGACUGAACUGCGGAACAUUGUGGGUCAGUUGGAGUCAUGGUUGGAAGAGGUUCGCAUACUACAUGGAGAGCUUUUGCUCGCACCAGCCUCUGACGGAGAGAAAUCACAACAGUUGCGAGUCAUCAUGGAAAACUUUCGCACAACGUCUUUAGUUGCACGACAAAAGAUAAAGAACAUAGACAAAGAAGUGAACAGCAAAUCACAUCCCGACGAGUCGAAAUCAGUGGAUUCUCGCAUUAAGCGAAACCAAAUACGCACGCUCACAAGAGCUCUUCACAGUGUGAUGUGGAAGUUCAACGAAGAAGAGGAGAAUUAUAAGGAACGCUGCAAGAAGAAAAUCACUGAUUAUUUGAAGAUCCAGGAUAUCAAGUUGACGGAUGACGAAAUAAGCGAUGCUAUUGACAACGGCGAUAUCUUCGAAAGGACGAAAGGUAUCCUUCUUGCAUACAGCGACAAAAAAGCACUCUUCGAGGACGUCAAGGCACGACGUGAUGAAUUGUUUGAAAUCGAGAAGGUCAUCCGAGAAUUGGGUGAGAUGUUUGUGGAUCUCAACAAUCUUGUAAUGAGUCAGGGAGAAAUGCUUGACCGGAUUGAGACGAAUAUCGAAGAUGCGGUGGAUUAUGCGGAGAAAGCGAAGCAGAAUGUCAAGGAUGCUCGUGAGCUUAUGAAGAAAGCACGAAAGAAGAAGAUCAUAAUCUGCAUAGUUCUCGCCAUACUGGUUCUCAUUUUGAUUAUCUUCAUACAGGCGAUGAUAUGUCAUUUUACGCCGAUUUGCUAGUCGCUCCAUAUUUCUACUCCGUUAGAGAUUUGUUCUUUUGAUGAAUCUAAGAUAACUAUAGAUAUCUGUUAUCUAGUUUUAGCCCAGCUUUAUCGCAAUAAUCACUUACGCUCAUCUUAUGUCGUUAUUUCUCCUCCAGUUGUGAUUAUACGUUGUAAUUUAUGGAUAUAUAUGGGAGAGAUCUCAGGUGCAUACUUUACAUUCACUGCGAUCAGCCUUUCCUAACCGCGAUUGUGCCUAGUGGUUCUGGACCUCACCAUCCAGAAACAUCAUAAAUACUUAUUUUUAGUAUAUUUCAUGUUGAGAUCCUGUAUGAGUGUCAUCAACAUCAUUAACCAACGAGUACUUCGAGCUAUCACAAUUUGUAGUCAAUCUCUCAUUCAAUCACUUCUCAUCAUGCCUUAGUCGCUUUUCUCCGUUUAGCGUUCAGGGACAUUUUUUUGCAUUUUGCAGAUUUGCUCAGUAAAAGUGAG